CACAUUCCAGAAUUACCCUCAUGGUCACAAACUGUUUCAAUAUUUGAAGCGUUGGACCGCGUUCUACAUGCAUACGUUCGUUUCAAUCGGAAAAGAGCGGAACAACGUUCUCCGUCAACAGCGGUAACAAAUUGUUUUGCUAAUUUAAGACGGUUAUCGAGUCUUGAUUAUGUUGUAAGCAGAGAUGUUCGCAGUGAUAAUCGUUAUAAGACACGACUUUGCAGGGACGUCGAAGCAGGACGGGCUUGUAGACGUGGAUUACGCUGUACAUAUGCGCAUUGUGACAAUGAACUGAGAAGGACUCCAACGGCAUUGAAGCCGUCAUUGUCAUUACCAAUAAGGGGCGAGAAUGGGAGUCUGCUGAAACGAAUUAAUGAAUGUGAUGGUUUUGUGAAUGACAGUAACGAUACUGCCACAUUGCAACACAACAUUGUGUCGUGUAUGUCGAAUGCACCACCCACCCUUCCACGGCUCAACUCGCCUCGAGCCCCUCCACCCCCUUGCAAUGCACAACAAAUUACGGCUCCCAAUCCUAGAGUACCAAUCAUACCCAUGCGAAUGCCUCCUCAACCACCCAAUCAGAACGCUGUUCUCUUCGAUUCAGCGCAGCCAAUACAAGUGCCAUUACCUGUUGUACCUGUCAUUAUACCACCAGCCAGAUACAUCGAUUCAGCGAAUUCUCCUAAUGCUCCCAUACAAAUCGCUCCUCAGAAUCAGGGGUUGUCGAACGCAAUGAUAGCGCCAAAUACGGUAAUACAGUUUCCGAUUCAUGCACCUCCACCUCCUCAUCAGCCUCAGUUCCUUCCCCCACCCAAUCAACCUCAGCUUCAUAUCAAUCAUAAUCAGAAUGCUCUUCAAUGGACUCAGAAUUGUGUGAAUGGGUCGGCACUGAAUGAACAGCCACCACCAGCAGCUAUGAUUCCACCCUCAGCUGGAGGUGGAGCACUUCAAAUGAAUUUACCGUUGGAAUGUGUAGAAACACAGUGGAACGUCGUCGAUAGAACGACAUGCCGCAGUGCUCCUGUUCAACCAGUCGCCGCAUUUGAGGAGAUCGUACAUCACGGUGAAAUGAAUAACUAUCGAAUAAUGAAACGUUCCGAGCAAGAAGAUGAAGAGCAGUUGAUGAUGCGCAGAAAAGAAAUCAUUUCAAGGUUGGUUGAUAUAAAUCAGAAGCCGAACGGUAUAUCUGUAUGUGAAGAGUCAUUUGACGAAGAUGAUCUGCAGAGUCAUGUUUCUUAUACGGUCGCUAGUUCGGUUUUGUACGACGAUAAGGAUACGUUCACUUCAACUACUCUCCACUUACCGCCAUUACCGCUUCGUUUCACCUCAGCUUCUAAUGUUGAUGAUGCCGUGUCCGUAACGAAUUGCUUGAGCGAUUUGAACAAAACAACAACUGUAUUAACGGUAUGUCCACCACCAUGUGUAUGGACAAACAUUGCAAAACCAGCAACCGUACAAUCACCGUGUAGUGUUAUGACGAUUAAAGAUAUGAUCAAUUUGCCUUUAGCCACACCGGCGAUACAACGUUCUCAUGUGCCACAUUUGGCCGUCUGUCAAAUGAAAGACUCAAAUUGCAUACCUAAUUCAUGUAUACCACCCGUCAUUCGACCGCUCCCAUCAACGUCUCAAGACCCACAAAAUGUAGUCAGUGAAACGCUGGAUCGUAUCGUAGACGUUCGUGAACGGUUGAAUGACGUCGAAAAGAACAGUGGCUUGGGAUGUUCUGUUGAGAAACAGCAGUUGAAAGAGGAACUGAAUAUCAUCAAUCGCCAGAUACAAACCCUCGAUCAGCAGACGAAACAGUCGUGUCUCUUAAAGGAAUUAGAAGUGGUCGAUAAGAAAAUUGAACAUCUUAAUGUGCAUUGUUGA